GCGGUGGCCCGGUAAGGGAGCGUGGCGGCUAGUUGCUCGCGGGGUUGGCGGCGGCAGCCCGAGGGCGGCGCAAGGCCUGAGGCCCAGCACAGUGAUGUCCGAGCUUAGUGAUGAAGCCAGCGAGCCGGAACUCCUGAACCGCAGCUUGUCCAUGUGGCAUGGCCUGGGGGCACAGGUCAGCCGGGAGGAGCUAGACGUCCCCCUGGAUCUUCACACAGCUGCUUCCAUUGGCCAGUAUGAAGUGGUGAAGGAAUGUGUGCAGCGGAGAGAGUUAGAUUUGAAUAAGAAGAACGGUGGUGGCUGGACCCCGCUGAUGUAUGCCUCCUACAUUGGCCACGACACCAUCGUGCACCUGCUGCUUGAGGCGGGGGUGAGUGUGAAUGUGCCGACCCCAGAAGGGCAGACUCCACUGAUGCUGGCCUCCAGCUGUGGCAACGAGAGCAUCGCCUACUUUCUCCUCCAGCAUGGCCGCCUGGAGGGCGCCUGCCCCACGCAGAGGAGAUGAGGCCGUAACGCACGUUCUGUGUUCUCUUGAAGCAAGGUGCAGAGCUAGAAAUGAAAGACAUCCAGGGCUGGACGGCCCUUUUCCACUGUACCAGCGCCGGGCACCAGCACAUGGUCAGGUUCCUCUUGGACAGUGGAGCCAAUGCCAACGUGAGGGAGCCGAUAUAUGGAUUUACUCCUUUGAUGGAAGCAGCUGCGGCUGGCCAUGAGAUAAUCGUGCAGUAUUUUCUGAAUCACGGAGUCAAGGUGGAUGCGAGAGACCACAGUGGAGCCACAGCCCGGAUGCUGGCCAAGCAGUACGGACACAUGAAGAUCGUGGCCUUGAUGGACACUCACUCGCCCUCUCUGCCCAAGAGCCUCUAUCGGAGCCCAGAAAAGUACGAAGAUCUGAGCUCCUCUGACGAGUCCUGCCCUGCUCCUCAGAGACAGAGGCCGUGCCGGAAGAAGGGUGUCAGCAUCCACGAGGGACCGCGAGCCCUGGCCAGGAUCACAGGCAUUGGCCUGGGCGGCAGAGCCCCACGGCCUCGCUAUGAGCAGGCUCCUCCCCGGGGCUAUGUCACCUUCAGCAGCAGUGGUGAGAACCCCCUGGAAGAAGAGGGCCUCUGCUGCCGGGACGUCACCUCCCCCAUCAACGAGCGGGACGUGGAGAGCAGCAGCAGCAGCAGCAGCCGGGAGGAACAUGCUUUCUGUGCCAACCUGGAGCCUGUCCAGAGCAGCAGCAGCAGCGAGGGCCUAGCCAGAGCCCAGGGGCUCAGCAGCGAAGCUUCUGUGGAGAGCAAUGAGGUGCGGAUUCUUUCUCGUUCUCCCAUAGCCGGUGCCUGGCUGGGAUGCCUAACAUCCCCCAGUUACUUUAAGAUGAGAACGUCUGUAACAAGCACGUGCUACACGUGUGUGCCGCACUGGGACGUGCUGUGUCCAGGGCCUGGCUUCUCAGACGACAGUGAACGCACUGGAAGCCCCUGUGUGGCGGGUGGGGGGUUUCACCAAGGCUCUCCAGUCAGUCUGUGCGCGCCUUCAGAUACAUGGCUCUCACCGCAGGACUCGGACCACGCCUGUAAAAGCUCAGCUCGCAAACAAGCUAAAAGUUACAUGAAGACCAAGAAUCCUGACAGCCAGUGGCCUCCCCGCACUGGGACUGACAGGGAAGACUUUCCCCUUGAGUCCAGCCCCCAGACUCAGAGGGCCCCCUACUCAGGACCGCAGGACCUGGCCACACUGCUGGAGCAGAUCGGGUGUCUGAAGUACCUGCAGGUGUUUGAGGAGCAGGACGUGGACCUCCGCAUCUUUCUGACCCUCACUGAGAGUGACCUGAAGGAAAUCGGCAUCACGCUGUUUGGGCCCAAGAGGAAAAUGACGUCCGCCAUUGCCCGCUGGCACAGCAGUGCCCGCCCGCCCGGGGACGCCCUGGAGCUGGCCUACGCCGACCGGCUGGAGGCUGAGAUGCAGGAGCUCGCCAUCCAGCUGCACAAGCGCUGUGAGGAGGUAGAGGCCAUGCGGGGCCAGGUGUGCCAGGAGCAGGAGCUGCGUGCCGUGGUGGAGAGCUGCCUGCUGGAGCAGGACCGUGCCCGCGAGGACCUCCAGGCCCACCUGCAGGAGACGUGGGCCCUGGCCCGGGACGCUGCCCUUGUCCUGGACCAGUUGCGAGCCUGUCAAGCUGAGCUGUCAUCCCGAGUGAGGCGGGACCAUCCCCCUGGUGCAGCCACCCUGGGCCCAGGCCUCCCCGCAGCUGACGCCAAGGGAUGGCAAGUGUCCCUGCAGGCCAUGAGCCUCCCCGAGCUCUCGGGAGCCCUGGAGGACCGUGUCCACGAGAUGGGACAAGCACUGUGCUCAGUGACCCAGAGCCUGGAGAAGCUGCAGGUGCUGAACGGGAAGAGGUGGCGGGAGCCCUAGCCCGCGGGCCGAAUCUGACGUUGGGUGAUUGGUCCACCCUGAAGCUGUGUGCCAGGGAGUGAAGAGGACAGUAAGCAGGCAGCUGCCACGUGCAGCCCAGGCCCAGUGGGGGCCAGAGGAUCAGGCCCCGGGAGCAGCCGGCAGACAGAGGCAAGACAGGGGCUGCGGCCCUGGCCGAGCAGCUCGGGCCAGCACUGAGGCGGGACGAGGGUCUCACCGAGAACCUGGUGGUGAGGCCCAGAGUUCAUGGGCUGCCCUGGCCCAGACCAGGCAGGGCCCUGGGGGAAAAGUAUAUCCAUACACACACACAGGUGCCAACUGAGGUGUGACCUUAGGGGUGAGGAUUGGGGCGCCUGGAAAAUGCCAUUUGUUGGAAAAUAAAACUGAACAGCUA